GUAAAGAUUCUCGCCCCCUUCCAAGGUUUACUCUCCGCUUGCUUUCCUAGAUAGUUCAAUAUGGCAAUAACGCCGUGACAGGUACUCUUUCCCACCCUGCACUUUGAAGGAAAAAAUACAUGCAAGGCGAGCCAAUUUAUUUAAUAUUACUUGCAUUUUUGUUUUUCAUUUGUUGUCUUGUAUGCCUUCCAAGAGCAUCAAUCAAAUAUAUUUUUAAUCUAAUCGUAUUUUCUCUGAGAUGGAAAUGAGAUGUCGCCCAACAACGGUGUUGUGCUGUGCUCUUGCGGUUCUCUGCUCCGUCGCUCGUUCCGUAAAUGCUUCAUUCGGGGACAGACAGUACCUCAACGAAUGGGCGGUGGAGAUUCCCGGAGGACUGGACGCCGCCAGGUCCAUUGCCAAAGAACUGGACUACCGAGUAGUCCGCCAGAUUGGGGCGCUAGAAAACCAUUACUUGUUCAAACACCAGACUCAUCCCAGCAGGACGAAACGAAGUGCCGAUCACAUCACCAAACGCCUGUCCGAGGAUGAUCGGGUAUCAUGGGCGGAGCAACAAUAUGAGAAGCGGCGCAGUAAGCGGGCGUCACUGGGGUCAUGCCGGGACUGUCCGGUGGACGAGCUGUUCAAUGACCCUAUGUGGAACCAGCAGUGGUACCUGCAAGACACUCGGACGUCGUCCUCCCUGCCCAAGCUGGACCUCCACGUGAUUCCUGUGUGGAAGAAAGGGUUCACAGGAAAAGGAGUGGUCAUCACCGUGCUGGACGACGGUCUGGAGUGGAACCACACCGACAUCUACCCCAACUAUGACACAGCAGCCAGCUACGAUUUCAAUGACAAUGACCCUGACCCCUUCCCCAGGUACGACUCCACCAAUGAGAACAAGCAUGGGACCAGGUGUGCCGGUGAGAUCGCCAUGCAGGCAGACAACAAUAAAUGUGGAGUCGGGGUGGCGUACAACUCCAAGGUUGGAGGGAUCCGCAUGUUGGAUGGUAUCGUGACGGAUGCCAUCGAGGCCAGUUCUAUUGGCUUCAAUUCGGACCACGUGGACAUCUACAGUGCCAGCUGGGGACCCAACGAUGAUGGAAAAACGGUGGAGGGUCCCGGUCGCCUGGCGUCAAAAGCCUUUGAGUACGGCAUCCAGAAGGGCCGGGGAGGGAAGGGCUCUAUCUUCGUGUGGGCAUCAGGAAACGGGGGCCGCCAGGGGGACAACUGCGACUGCGACGGCUACACAGACAGCAUCUACACCAUCUCCAUCAGCAGUGCCUCCCAGCAGGGCCUGUCCCCCUGGUAUGCUGAGAAGUGCUCCUCCACCCUGGCUACCGCCUACAGCAGCGGAGACUACACCGACCAGAGAAUAACCAGUGCUGAUUUGCAUAAUGAAUGCACAGAGACACACACAGGAACCUCCGCCUCCGCCCCACUAGCUGCUGGGAUAUUUGCCCUCGCACUGGAACAGAACCCUGAGCUGACGUGGAGGGAUCUGCAGCACUUGGUGGUGUGGACGUCUGAGUUCGACCCGCUGGCCAACAACCCCGGCUGGAAGAGGAACGGGGCAGGCCUGAUGGUCAACAGUCGUUUUGGCUUCGGCCUGCUCAAUGCCAAGGCCCUGGUGGACCUGGCCGACCCGGACACCUGGAAACACGUCCCUGAGAAGAAACAGUGCAUAAUCAGGGAUGACUCCUUCCAGCCCAGGGCAUUGAAAGCAGCAGGAGAGAUCACCAUUGAGAUCCCCACCAAGGCCUGUAAUGGCCAGGACAAUGCUGUCCUCUCACUGGAGCAUGUGCAAGUGGAGGCCAGCAUCGAGUACACCAGGAGAGGAGACCUACACAUCACACUCACAUCCCCAUCAGGCACUAGCACGGUCCUGCUGGCAGAGAGAGAGAGGGACAUGUCAUCUAACGGCUUCAGGAACUGGGACUUCAUGUCUGUUCACACCUGGGGAGAAGACCCCACUGGCACCUGGACCCUCAAGAUAACUGACACGUCCGGGCGGAUGGAGAAUGAAGGCCAGAUCCUGACCUGGAAGUUGAUUCUCCACGGCACGUCAGAGAAGCCCGAGCACAUGAAGAAACCCAGAGUGUAUGUCCCUUACAAUGCUGUCCAGAAUGACCGUAGAGGAGUAGAGCACAUGGACGACAUGAUGGAGGAACUGUCCACCCAGGCUGAGGCCCACUCACUGCAGAAGACUCAACCCCCUCCUUCUGCCACCCCCAAGAUGAAGCAGAUGAGGCCCUCCUCCCCACCCCUGUCACCCUCCCUGGCCCUCCUGCGUCUCCUCCAGAUGGCCUUCAACCGGCAGACCCCCGCCGCCCUGCACCAGUCCCCAGAAAAGGCCCCCUCUAGCAGGGGAGAGCAGCACCAGGGCAGGUCAUACUCCAUUCCAGGGGGAGCAGGCCCUCGCAUCGCUCCCCAGAAGCUGUACCAGGCCCUGGACAGGAUCAACCAGUACCAGCGGGCCGGGCAGGAUGAAAGCCUUUACAGCGACUACAGUGACGGCUUCUACAGCGCCAAGCCCUACAGGCACAGAGAUGACCGGCUGCUGCAGGCACUCUUCAACAUGCUCUCUAACGACAGGCAGUGAGGGAGGGGGGGCAUGGGGUGGAACUCAGUGUGUGCAGGCUUUUGUUCCAGACCCAACAUAUCCAGCCCUGUAGGAUUCAGGGCCGAUUUAACUAAUCAUGGUCUACAUUGAAGAUUGUGCUUAGUUAACUACCGGUAGUUGAAUCAGGUGUGUUACUGCUGGGCUCAAGCCUACACAUCCCUGCGGUUCUCCUUGGUCAAGAUUGGCCACCCCGUUGUAAGGUGUGAGAGAGAUAGGGUGAGGAGGCGGCGGCUGGGCAUGGAAGGAGCAUGCGAGAGAGCGGGAGAGUGAAAGCCAGAGAGAAACUCUUCCAGCCAAAUGUGUUGUUGUUUUUCCAAAACUCUGCUUUUCUUACCUUGCAGCAGUCUAGCCUGUCUCUCUGUCUCUCUGUCUAUCUGUCUUUCAUUCUGCACAGUUGUAGGUCGGUUGCAUCUCAAUUCCCGGAAGUAGCUUCCCUUCCUCCUCCCCCUCCUCCUAAUGUAGUGAAACCUAGUUAGCCCAUAGACUUCCGCCAUAUUGUUUCAGUCUUCUAAGAUCAGUAUGCAUGAAAGAAAAGAGGCAAGGAAAGGGGGCCCAAAUAGAAUACUUAGAUUCAACUAGGAUUCCAUUCUACCCGCCUCCUCCAGCCUAUCCACCAUCAUUCUACCCCUCCACCAGCUAUCUAUCCACCAUCAUUCCAUCCCUUCCUCCAGCCAUCUUUCCACCUCAGGAUGUGUCCCAAUAGUCUUAAAGGGACACUUCACUUCAAAACAAAAGUUAGUAAGAUGUUUUCAGCCCUCAAAAGUGGUCUGGUGUAGAGAUGAGUUCACGUAUCAGGACAUGUGUUUUUUAGAUCCAACUGUACGCCUCAACCCCAAAUUAAUGAAAAAAUAUAGGCACUGAAUAAAAUGAGGAAAUGUAUUUCCAUUCGUUCCAGAUUAAGGAAAGUUAUUUCCAUUCAUUCCAGAUUUGGCAUAUAUAUGUAGCUGGAUCUACUCAAGAUUUGACACGGGACAUAGACUCAUCUGUUCAUAACUUUUUGGGUAUGAAUCGUCAGACAAAACAAACUUGAUUUUUGAGUCCCAAGAGACAGAGAGAAAAAUAUUAAUAAUUGUAUAUAUUUAGUAUAUCAAUUAUAUUUUGAGGCUCUAUUUAUCACCUUUACCUAUCAGUGGUAUUGAAGAAAUGGAGACAAGAGAAGGAGACAAGAGAAGGAGAUAAGGAAAUAACAUUAAGACUUUUGGGACACAGCCCUAUUCUCCCUUCACUCUACCACCUGCUUGAGCAUGCUACCAUCAGAAUAUACAUUUCAUAAUUGUAUUAUGACUGACAUGAUCAAAUAUUAUACAAAGACAAUGAUUGUAAUGUUGUUUUUAAAUAUACUUGGCCUCUAAAAUAUCCACCUCUCUAAAUUCCAACUCUGAAAUAUCGAUUUAAUAUUUAUACUUUGACAUGUUUAUUUUGUCAUGUAUUUGUUUUCUGUAAGAGUAGAAGUACUCACCUUGCUACUGUAUCUUAAACCCAAAUCCUAAUUUGAAGAAUGUGAUUUUAAGAUAUAUGCACAAUUUCAAGUUAGGUUUACGACUAUACUUUAAUAUGCAUAAAAAAUGCAGUCCCCGUACUGAUUGUUUUUCAAACUGAAAGCUCAAAGAUGUUGAUAUGUGGCAUAUUCUUCACAGGGUGUCAACAAAGCAUUGGAGAGUUUGAGAACAGCAGUCUUUUACCCGGUUCUCUUGAGAAAAAAAAGUUCAGUUCUUGGGGAAAUUCUUUAAAUAUUUUAUUUUUUAAACAACAACAUACAGACUAAAACAAAAUAAAUUGGGAAGAUAACUGA